GUUUCUGACUUUUUGGGUGAAUUCCAUAUCCCAUUUUCUGUGCCACGAGUUGUGGACAAAGCUACAGACCUAAUAUGAAAAGUGGGUGAAGCAAUUACCAAUAGAAAAUGUUCUUCUUCUGUGUUGGGAUCUUCGAAGGAGGAGCUUGAGCUCAAACACACAACACCACCUGCCUCUGCUUGAGACAACCUUAACUUCGGUCUUUCCAAGUUCCAACCACGGUUUUGUUUUUCCCGCGCCAGGUUGUCGUAAACUAAGAGAAAGCUUCAAUUGCGCCAGCCUGUCUUCUUCUCAAGUUAAGAAGAAGAAGAAGAAUGUGGGGAUUUGGUGGUAGAUAUUACUGGGGGAGAAAGGUGGCUUCUGAGAAAGCCGAUGGGAUAGUUGUGGUGUUUGCAUGGAUGUCAAGCGAGGAGAAGCACUUGAUGAAAUACGUGGACCUCUACUCCUCAGUGGGAUGGAAUUCACUCGUUUGCCAUUCUCAAUUUCUCAACAUGUUCUUCCCUGAGAAAGCCACAAUUCUUGCAGUUGAUAUUCUUAAUGAACUUGUUGAGGUGCUGAAAAUCAGGCAAUGCCCCGUUGUUUUUGCAUCCUUUUCAGGCGGUUCAAAAGCUUGUAUGUGCAAGAUGCUUCAGAUAAUUAGUGGCAGCUCUGAAGCUCAUAAUAUGGAUGACUACCAGCUAGUUAGAGAGUGUAUAUCUGGCUAUAUUUAUGAUUCCAGUCCAGUUGAUUUUACCAGUGAUUUGGGUGUUCGAUUUCUUCUACACCCAACUGUUUUAAAAGUCUCUCAUCCACCAAGAUUUGCUUCAUGGAUUGCAAAUGGCAUAGCAUCUGGUCUUGAUUCUCUUUUCCUCAGUAGAUUUGAGUCACAGCGUGCAGAAUAUUGGCAGACACUUUACUCCACCAUUAAUAUGAAGGCCCCUUAUCUCAUUUUAUGUUCAGAAAAUGAUGAUCUUGCUCCUUUUCAAGUCAUUUCAAAUUUUUUCCAAAGACUAAAGGACCUUGGUGGGGAUGUAAAAAUGUUAAAAUGGAGUGCCUCUCCUCACGUAGGUCACUUCCGGCAUCAUCCAACUGAUUACAAGGCUGCUAUCACUGAGAUCCUUGGCAAGGCAGUUGCAACUUAUUGUUGCAAAAGCAGUAGGCAAGUUGAAGAUGAGAAACUGGGUAUAGAAGGAGCAAGAGAUGAGAUCACAGAUCCGUUUUCAGAGUCGCGGAAAGCAGCAAUGACCUCAACUAGUUUCCAGGGCUUUGCUCUUGCUCCAAGUGAUAGCUCAACGGAGUAUUACGUGGGCAAAGAUAUUGGCACCAUAGCAGAUGAACGCAAGGGAGGGUAUAUUCAUCUUCCAAACCCUCCGAGCAUCAAUGCACAUGGGUUUCUUAGCCAAAUAUUGUUUGAUGUUUGUGUGCCUAAGAAUGUUGAGGAUUGGGAUAUCAGGUCAAAUUCGAAGAAUGCUUUGUCACCAGGUACAAGGAAGCAUGUUCCAUUUAAUCCUAUAAAAUGCAUGCGGCGUUCGAGGUUGUGAGUUGUUGACUGACAAAUCCUCAGGUGAAGUUUUCUUCAAGGUUCAAAAUUUUUAGGGAGAUGUAAUGGGCACAAAAGACGUAAUCCUGUAUUACCUGAAAUAAGAGCCAAAAGGAUUGAUAGUGACCACAUUAGCUGUUCAUUAAGCACUGUGUGGACUUAAGUAAUGUGAUUGAGCAGCUUCUCUUUUUUAACGUAAAUUGUACAGCUACUUUAACGGAGAAAAAAAUGGUUUGGCUGAGUAUAUGGUGAGAACUGUAAUUGUAACCUUAAAUUCUGUUCAUAAAGAAAGUAGUUCUGAGUUCGUUAAGAAUUAAGGUUGUUUAACGUGGUGAAUAAAUGGAAUGCCACUCGAUUUCUUUGUCUAUCA